AUGCCAGGCCCUAGACAAGGAAAUCGCAGAGCAGACCGCGACACCUUACAAGCAAAACCGAAAGCCAAACCAAAACAGAAGCCCCAACAACGCCCCCGCCUACCCAAACCCGAGCGCAAAGAGCCCGAAGAAAUCCUCAGCGAUGAAGAUCCCAGCUCAAUCAACCUCUCAACACCGAUCCCACUCUCCCUCCAACAACUCCUACUAGACGUCUUCAAAACCGCUCUUCUCAAUUCAUCCCCAACUGGAGCCGAUGGUGAAUUUGAGUCUUUGGAUAUCAAGUCUCUGAUCCAGACUAUCAAAUCCCAUCUUUAUCAGCGCGACUUUGAUUCCGCAUUCACGGAGGCCGGAGAGGACCAUUUGCGCGCUUAUGCUUUGCGCUGGAGUGCGUCCCGGGCAUUAGGGUAUGCAGGGCUAUUCAAGGGUGUGUUGAGUUGGAUGCGACAUGAUGAGAGCAUACCCGACUCAAACGGGACUCGCGUUGUUUGUCUAGGGGGUGGUGCUGGAGCGGAGAUUGUUGCGCUCGCUGGUGCAUGGCGGGAUCUUGAUGAUGGGGUUGAUUCAUUGAGUGGACGGGCGGAGGAAUUAUCCCUCGAAGACAAGGAAGCAGAGAACUCUUCCACUCCGCCUGCUUCGAAUCGGAACCUAUCUAUCGCAGCUGCUGAUAUCGCUGAUUGGUCUAGCGUUGUUAAGCGCUUAGCUACGACUCUUACAUCUCCCGAUGUACCCGCUCCGUCAACAUCGAAGCACAAAGCCCCCCUUGUACCUGCAGGCGAUAGCGUGGACGUCACGUUCCACCGGGCCGAUUUGCUCAGUCUUCCGGAGAAAGAGUUGAAAGAUGUCGUCUUUGGUGGGGAGGAGUCUCAUUCGCUUCUCGUUACUCUGAUGUUCACGUUGAAUGAGCUUUUCUCUACGUCUAUGCCCAGGACUACGGCUUUCAUGCUUCGAUUGACGGAGAUUCUUAAGCCUGGUGCUGUGCUUUUGGUUGUUGAUAGUCCUGGUAGCUAUUCGACGCUGAAGCUGGGAAAACCUGGUCCGGACGGUGAACAGCAGGAGAGGAAUUAUCCCAUGAAGUUCCUUUUGGAUCAUACGCUUAUUUCUGUGGCUAAGGGUCAGUGGGAGCAGGUUUAUACUCAGGAUUCGAAGUGGUGGAGGCGGGAAGCGGCGCGGUUGAGGUAUGAGGUUGGGGAGGGUGCUGGGUUGGAGGAUAUGCGGUUCCAGGUGCAUAUUUAUCGGCGGAUAUAA